CGCCCCCGGAUGUAGGAUCUCACGCCUCCUGGAACUUUUGUAUCGUCGCGGGCUCGUAGAUGAAACAUAACAAUUAUGUCGGUUCAAACAGAGAGAGGCAUCCCGCUAAGCGCGCUCAAUCCAAAGUUUCUUCACACCAACUCUACCAGCCACACCUGGCCUUUCAGUGCCAUUGCUGAGCUGAUAGACAAUGCCUACGACCCAGAUGUUAGUGCCAGGCAGUUCUGGAUUGAUAAAACGAGGAUUAGAGAUCAAGACUGUCUUACUUUCAUGGAUAAUGGAGCAGGAAUGGAUUAUAACAAAAUGUACAAAAUGCUUAGUUUUGGCUUCAGUGAUAAGGAGACAAUAAACGGCCAUGUCCCCAUCGGUUUGUACGGCAAUGGAUUUAAGUCAGGCUCCAUGCGCUUGGGAAAAGACGCCAUUGUGUUUUCAAAGAAGAAAGAUUCAAUGUGCGUGGGCAUGCUGUCACAGACGUACCUUCAAAAGAUUCAAGCGGAGAACAUUGUCGUACCAAUUGUCACAUUUAAACGCACCGGAGAGUCAAUCCGUCCUGAGCCACAGCACAUAGAAAGUCUCCAAGCCAUUCUUCAGUACUCUCUAUUCCAGACAGAAGAAGAGCUACUCGCAGAGCUCGAGGCCAUCAACACACACCUUUCCAAGGAUUCUACAGGAACGCGAAUAAUAAUCUGGAACCUCCGCAAAACAUCGACAGGCAAAUCUGAGUUUGACUUUGAGGUGAACCGUUAUGAUAUCCAGAUUCCAGCUGAUGUGUUUGAGAGUGAAAAAGAGCAAUACAGGCAACCCUGUCAUGUAUUGCAGUCGAGCCCAGAGAGUGACUUCUCCUUGAGAGCAUACUGUAGUGUCCUUUACUUGAAGCCCAGAAUGCAGAUUAACAUCCGUGGAUCUAAAGUGAAAACUCAGCUGAUUGCUAAAAGCCUGGCACACAUUGUGAAGGAUAAAUACAAACCUACCUUUCUAAAUAAAGAAAGAAUCUCAAUUACAUUUGGUUACAACACCAAGAGCAAAGAGCAUUAUGGAGUCAUGAUGUACCAUAAAAACAGACUUAUCAAAUCCUAUGAGCGUGUUGGAUGCCAAAACAAGGCAAAUAACAGGGGAGUAGGAGUCAUUGCAGUAAUCGAGUGCAACUUCCUCAAGCCAACACAUAACAAGCAAGAUUUCGACUAUACAGAUGAGUACAGAAGAACCAUUGCUACUUUGGGUGUGAAGCUAGAAGAGUAUUGGAAAGCGAUACGCCAUGCAAAAGGUCUCAACAGCACAGUACCUGUGGAGGAUAUACCGAAAAAUCCUGACCAGAACUGGGUUCAGUGUGAUUACUGUCAGAAGUGGCGGAAACUCCCAGAUGGCAUAGACACAGAUAAACUCCCUGAAAAAUGGUUCUGUCGAAUGAACCCUAUCACAGAGUACAGGGGAUGUGAUAAACCAGAGGAAGCUGAAGAUUCUGAAGAUGAAACAUCAACCUGCUUGAAAGAAUACAAACAGCAUGAGAAAAGUCUGAAAAAACAGCAGGAGCAGAAGAAAAUGCAGGAACAACAGAGAAAUGCAGAGCUGGCUCAACAGAAUGAAGAUCUCAAAAGAACACAAGAAAACCUUUUGCGUAAACUCCAGCAAACAGGCCCUUCCUCACCCAGUACACCUACAACUUCAAGAGCUGCUUGUACAGCCAGGAGCUCUGUUGAUUCCACACCUAUCACACGAUCUGCCUCUAGCCCCUCAGACAUGAUGCCAAUAAUUACGAAGGUCACAUCCCUCUCCCGUAUUACAAGGAGAAAGAGAAGUCCAGGAGAGCAAAGCGAGGGCAAAGCUUUGAAGAAAUCAAGACUACUUAAUGAGUACUGUAACAACGCACCCGAAAGUCCAUCAACGUCUGCAUUUAUUUCAGAUCUUCUGACCUCACAGAUGGAGAUCCCUGAUAAUAAUGUCAGUACUGAUAAAGAGGAAGAAGAGAGCAACACUGAUGAUGAUGAUGAUGAUAUUGUUAUUGAUGAGACGAAGAGCACGCCAAGACCUAAAGCCUUUAACCUUGCCAAGGUCAAGUUAGAAAGAAGUACAAGUAAUGAUGUGCAGUACAGUGAUGAUGUUUCCAUGGAUACACCUACCACUGAAGGUUCCAGAAAUGCAACAACGAAUCCAUCAACUUCAAAUGUCAGCAUGACAACCCAGACAGAAUGUAAUAUGAUUGUAAAAGAGGAAGAUGACCAACAGAGAAAAAUAGAGAAAGGGGAGAUAAAGGAAAAAGAGACGGAUAGUGAUGCCACAGGGAUUGAAUGCAGGAAGGAUAAAGGUACAGAAAUAAACAGGUCGAUCUCUGAAGACUCUAGAUGUAGAAGUGUAGAUAUUGAGAGAAAACCAAGUCUCGCAGAAGGAAAUGAUAGAGGUGGCACAAGUCAUAUGCCUGAAGAACCAGCUAUGGACUUUGGUCUAAACAUAUACAAUAUGCCAACCCUAGAAGCCCAGAAACAACAGGACAGUCUUCUGGAACUCAUGGACGCCACAGCCAAGGAAAGAGAGGAGUAUAAGAUGCAAGCUCAGUCUCUUGCCCUGAAGCUGCAGGACAAGGAAUGUGAACUGUUAAAGCUCACUGUUAAGAAAGAGUUUAGCCAUCAAAACAUCCAAACUGACCCAUUAGAAGAGAAGGACUACAAGACUCUUUACUUAGAGGCGACACGGCGCAAUGAACAGCUCUCAAAAACAAUAAACGAGAUGAAGAAAAAGCAAGAGGAGAUGUUGCUGCAGAUGAAAGCUGAAAAAGAAGCACAGGACAAGAUGAAAGCUGAGGGGGCAGGGCACUCUGCCACGCCAAAUGUUGAUGAUGAAAUGGCUCUUCAGGUGGAUUUUCUUCUGAGAGAGCUAGAUCAGCGGAAUACAGAAUGUGGUGAAUUAAAAAUCAAGGUGGAAAGCUUGGAACAGGUGAAAGCUCGUUGCGAGCAGUUGCAGAGAGACUUGGAUCACUUGAGAAAAGAGAAAGUGGAGUGCAGGAGUGGACCAGAACAGAAUGGGACCGACAUAGCCAGUUCAACACAAACAGCACAUCACAAAACUGAGGACGGCUCUGGAAACCGUGCGAAUCAAAUUAUAGAGAACAGAGAGACCAAUGAAAAUCCUGCAGGGGGAGAGAACACUGUGACAAAUGCAAAGUUAAGGCAGCUGAGGAGCAGUGUCGCUCGUCUUUUGGUCACCUUUGUUCCUGCUUUGGAUCCUGAACAAGUCAACUAUGACUGUGAGGUCAUAGAUGAGAUUCUGAACCAGGUUAUACAGGAGAUCUCUCCCACUGUCACCACUUCAACUUAGAGCUUCUGUGUCACCAAAGCAUUCAUGUUAAAGUUAAUGCUUAAUUUAAAGAGAUGACAAAUGUUCCUAUUUUGUUGUUGUUUGAAAAUAUUUCUAAAGUUUUUCAUAAAUAUGUCAAAUAAUGUUUCAAUUGCUAACUUUGUUGUGUAACUUUCUGGAGACCAAGAUACAUUUCUACUCAUAAGAAUGAAGACGAUCAGUUUCCUGAUCAAUUGUUUAUUAUUUUCACCAGCAGUUGUUGUGCAAUGUUUGCAUUUUACAAGUUCCUUUUUGUUGUUAGUUAUUAAUACAUUUUAAGUCACAAAGGCCUAAUAAGGAGAAAUGUUCUAGUGUUUCAUGUUAACAGUUAAGUAUAAAAGUAAUUUUAUCCUGGACAAUGGAAAGGUUGUUAGCAGUAUUGCAGUAAGUGGUGUUCAACAUGUAAAGAAAAUUUUAUGUUGAUACGAUUGUACAUGGUGUGUUUAUUGAAAAAUUAUUAUAUGAUGAAUACAUUU